CCCUCCAUACCAGGUGGUGGCGGUAAUGCACCAAUAAGUUGUUUGCCAACCGCGAAUAAACCCAAGAAGAAGAAGAAGAAGAAGAAGGAGGAAGUGAAACCCGGAAGUAAGCGCUCAUUGAAGCAUCGCGUCAAAAGCGAAUCGAGCGAUAAAUGAAAGAGAUUAAACACGCUCGCUUUAUCAUGAGCAGCCAUCUGUGACUUUAUACGCGGUAUCUGAGGAUGCUGGAGUCUAACGCGGAUGCGAUAUCAGAGUAGCAGUCUGGAGAGGUUAUGAACGACGCUGGUGUGUGGCUCCGGAGCGUCUGUGCGUCAGGACUGAUCGACAGCUGAUCUCAGCUUUGUUUUCCGCACCGAGCGUCCGAACAGCAUGUUGAUGAGCGGCUGCUGCUCAUGCGUGUCCUCUGAAGCGGCGUGCUGGGCUUGACGCAGUCGGGAUGUUUCCUAAGAGCUCGCUGACGGCUCUGAUCGUGGGGCUCUUCCUCCUCUACGUGCUGCACACGUGCUGGGUCAUGUACGGGAUCGUGUACACCAAACCCUGCGAAAACCCCCAAAGUGACAGCUGCAUCUCCCCCUACCUGGCCGCAAAACCUCGACUGCAGCUCAGCGUCUACACUGCAUUAAGACCCAAUGCUGAUGGUGGACACAGUCUGAUCCACAGAGAGGAAGAGUUUGAUGUCAACACCAGGUUUGAGAGGUUAGUUAAUGUGUCUUUGCCGAAGAAGACCCGUAAAAAUGGGACGCUGUACGCCAUGGUGUUCCUCCAUCAGGCAGGAGUCUCGCCGUGGCAGGAUCCACAUCAGGUGCAUUUAGUCACGCAACUGACCACAUACAUGCUCCCCAAACCUCCAGAGAUCAGCCUGAUCACGGGGCAGGACGAGCCGCAGAAACCGGACCAGCAGAAGCAGAGUAGCGACUCUGAGCUGGACCGGCCCGUUUCUCACUGGCGUUCCCGUCUGACGGUGAAUGUGGUGUCCGAGAACUUCCAGUUUGAUCGAGAGGCGCUUCCUGGAGACGUGCACCGCUACAUGAGAGUGCAUUUAGUCACGCAACUGACCACAUACAUGCUCCCCAAACCUCCAGAGAUCAGCCUGAUCACGGGGCAGGACGAGCCGCAGAAACCGGACCAGCAGAAGCAGAGUAGCGACUCUGAGCUGGACCGGCCCGUUUCUCACUGGCGUUCCCGUCUGACGGUGAAUGUGGUGUCCGAGAACUUCCAGUUUGACCGAGAGGCGCUUCCUGGAGACGUGCACCGCUACAUGAGAAUUGCUGAACACUGCUUCACUGAAAAGGAUGCUGAUGAAAUCAAGGGGAUAUUUGUGGACACCAAUCUGUAUUUCCUCGCUCUCACCUUCUUUGUGGCCGCCUUCCAUCUUUUGUUUGAUUUUCUGGCUUUCAAAAAUGACAUCAGUUUCUGGAAACACAAGAAGAGCAUGGUUGGGAUGUCCAGUAAAGCAGUGCUGUGGAGGUGUUUCAGCACCGUUGUGAUCUUCCUGUAUCUGCUGGAUGAGCAGACCAGUCUGCUGGUUCUGCUUCCUGCUGGGAUCGGCUCUUUGAUCGAGGUGUGGAAAGUGAAGAAGGCUUUUAAAAUACACGUCGUAUGGAGGGGCUUGACUCCCACGUUCCUGUUUGGGAAGCUUGAUGAAUCUGAGAAACGAACCGAGGAAUAUGACACGCUGGCGAUGAAGUAUCUGUCUUAUCUGCUGUAUCCUCUGUGUAUCACCGGGGCGGUUUACUCUCUUGUGUUUGUCAAGUACAAAAGCUGGUACUCCUGGAUUAUUAACAGUUUAGUCAAUGGGGUGUACGCCUUUGGAUUCCUCUUUAUGCUGCCUCAACUCUUUGUAAAUUACAAGCUGAAAUCCGUCGCUCAUCUUCCCUGGAAAGCCUUUAUGUACAAGGCUUUUAAUACGUUUAUCGAUGACGUUUUUGCAUUCAUCAUCACGAUGCCCACGUCACAUCGGCUAGCGUGUUUCAGAGACGACGUGGUGUUCCUCGUGUACCUCUAUCAGAGAUGGCUCUAUCCAGUGGACAAAGCCAGAGUGAACGAGUACGGCGUGUCUUACGAUGAAAAGCCCAAAGGAAAAUCCCAUAAAGACUGACAUGGUCACAGCAGAACAGCUCAGCAUCAUCUUAAGAUCAGUUCAUGGAUUCAAUAACAAAAGACCAAAGCACAUUUGUCUAUCUGGGCUCAGUUGUGCUCUGCUAGUCAGAGAAAUGUAACCGGCUCGACUGAGACACGCGCGUGUGCAGCGUCCCGCAGUGCAAACGGUUGCUGUAUCUCGUUGAAUUAUAGGAUGAGAAGUCAAAUAUGAAAAGCUUGGUUUAAUUUGACAAUGUAUUUUGAUGGGACCUUUAAUUCAGUCUCAGAUAGUGUUUUGAAAUUAAGACCAUAUCACAAGGGUGCCAAAAAGACCAGAGUUUCAGAUGAAUUAUCAGAUUUGCUUUGAAUAUGGAUUCAUUUUAGUAACGUGACUGUUGGUUGUGUGUUCAGCGAGAAUGGUGUACGUUUGUUUUUGUGUUUCAUUCCAUUAAAAGUGUUUCUGCUUAAUCGCAGAGGCUUCAUUAAACAGUUUAU